AUGGGGCCUCCUCGUGGGAGAGGCGGGUUCGGCGGCGGGUUUGGCGGCAGAGGCGGCGGAGGAGGUCGCGGAGGAUUCGGCGGAAGGGGUGGAGGUGGAGGCCGCGGGGGUUUCGGCGGACGUGGCGGGGGCCGAGGGGGCGGAAGGGGUAGAGGGGGAGGCCGCGGAGGCGGAAGAGGCGGAGGUCGUGGGGGCAUGAAGGGCGGAGCCAAGGUUGUUGUUGAACCCCAUCGCCACGAGGGCGUGUUCGUUGCUCGCGGGAAGGAGGAUGCCCUCGUCACGAGGAACAUGGUGCCCGGGGAGAGCGUCUACGGCGAGAAGCGAAUCAGCGUCGAGAAACCCGGGUCUCACGUUCUCUACCUUGGUGCUGCCUCUGGGACUACCGUCUCCCACGUCUCCGAUAUUGUCGGCCCGACGGGGAUCGUGUACGCCGUGGAGUUCUCUCACCGGUCCGGUCGCGAUCUCGUGAACAUGGCCAAGAGGCGAACCAACGUGAUUCCCAUUAUCGAGGAUGCCAGGCACCCGCAGCGCUACCGCAUGCUUGUCGGCAUGGUGGAUACGAUCUUCGCUGACGUGGCGCAACCAGAUCAGGCUCGUAUUGUUGCCUUGAACGCUCACUACUUCCUCAAGACUGGCGGGCACUUCGUUAUAAGCAUCAAGGCCAACUGUAUCGAUUCUACAGUACCCGCAGAAGCAGUUUUCGCGAAAGAGGUGGCGAAAUUGCAGCAGGAGCAGUUCAAGCCAGCUGAGCAGCUGACGCUGGAGCCAUAUGAAAGAGACCACGCUUGUGUGGUGGGUGGUUACCGCAUGCCCAAGAAGAAAAAGGAUGCUAAAUAG